AUGCCUUUUCCUGCCCACGUAGCCGAGGCAGCGAGCGCGGCCGUGCAGGAACUGGUCAACCGGGGCCCGUGGGAAAGAGAACGCCGGCAGAAGGCGACUGAGGACAGGGAUAGGACGCAGGGGAGAACGCUGGGGGAAAGUGGGCCCGUGUCGUCGUUUCUGCAGGCUUUGGCCCGUGUGAACACGGCCUGGGCCGCGGCGCAACGUGCGCUGGAGGAUGCGGCGCUCUUGCCCCCUCCUUAUUACCCACCCGAGCAUUACGCAGCGAUUUUCCUUCCUCUCCUUCUUCCCAUCUUUCUACCUCUUCUUCUGGGGCUGUGGCACGAAUGGAGGCGCUACAAGGAGAAGAAGAAGAAGAAGAAGCGAAAGUCCGCGUGA